AGGAGUUUGGCCUCAGUAACCAACACUUAGAGGGUUUUAGGUUCAGGACUACAUAUUGCUGAUCUGUUAUGUAAAAGAAAAAUAAUCAUAGAUAUUUAUACUUAAUGGAUGCCAUCACUUUUCUUAGUUCUUUUUUUAGUCUAACUAAAAAAUCUUUAUUAAAAAAAGUAAUAUUUGACAUAGGCAUAAUAAACAUAUAGUUAACUAACACAGUAUUUCCAGUUUGAGGGAUAUUUUUUAGAUUAAGUAUAGAUUUCCUCACCAAAUUCUGACAUAGCAGAUAAGAGAACAUUAAACUUAGAAAUAGUUUCUGGAUGAAUAAAUAGAAAUGAAUUAUAUAACAAGAAACAAAUAAAACUAAAGAAAAUAAACAUUUCAAUAUAAAUCCAUAGAAAAUAAUUCCAUAACAUACUACUAGGGAGAAGUUUUUUCUUGUUCUUUUAGAGUUUUAUGUUUGUGCUUUAUUUGUUGUUAGCUCAGAAGGCCAAAUGAUAUGUAUGAUGCACCUACAGAUCUCAGUAAAUGAGCAGUAAUUCUUAAUCUUUUGUCUUAUAACUGUAAUAUUAACAAGGACAAUUUUGAAAUGGACAAUAACAGGUUAAAUAAAGGUUAAAAUUGUAUGUAUGAAGCAGAACAUGCAGUUGAUGAGGGUGAGUUAAACCUGAGAGCAAAGGAUAUUUUGACUAGCCUGCCUGAAGAGUCCACUGAUGAUAAGAUUUGCUUUAGUGGUCUGGUCCAGGUAUUCCACUACUGGAGCACGUAUAGCUUGGUUUUUUUACUGAGACCCCAGGUCAUCCAAUUUAUCUACGACUUUAGUUUUCUGCUUUGUAAAAUUACAGAAUUGUGCCAAAUGACUUGGGUUUCUUUUGAUGUAAUGUAAUCAGAAUGUUAUAACUUAUUAUCAAGUGAAGUAAUGGAACACUGAAGCUUUUAAGUAUGUUAUGGACUAUACUUAACGCUCUGAGUCAGUAUACAUAUAUAUGUAAGCUAUGAAAACAUGAAUUCUAAAUAAAUACAUGAUGAAUACUACAAAACGGAUUCUAAAUAUUAACAAAUGCUCCCUCAGAAUUUUUCUCAGAGAUAACUAUAAGCAUGCAUGCCUACUCAGUUGUUAAGGCCUGUCCAAUUCUUUGUGACCCCAUGGACUGCAGCCUGCCAGGCUCCUCUGUCCAUGGGAUUUCUGGGGCAAGAACACUGGAGUGGUUGCCAGACCCUCCUCCAGGGGAUCGCCCCCACCCAGGGAUCGAACCUGUGUCUCCUGCAUUGCAGGCAGAUUCUUUACCACUGCGCCACCAGGGAAACUCACAACUGUAAACUAUAGAACAUUAUAAACAAUAAAAAAGCAAAAACUAGUCCAAAAGUUCAAUGUUCUCCAAAGCUGUGCUAAUCAAAUUGGGUGACACAUCAAUGAUCAUGCAAUUGAAAGAAAAGGAAAAAUACAUUUCAUUCCUGUGCUAAGAGGAAGCUGGGUGUCACAGGAAACUUUUGCAAGCUUUCAGAGAGUAAGAGUUCGUUUAGGAAUAUAGUCACUUUAGAUGCUUAUUAGAUGGAAUCUAGAUUCAUCCCUCUCUCCGUAAGUGAGCGCCUAAGAAAGGAGAAUGAAUGAUUUCUGGCUGUUGGAGACUAAAAUUGGCCGUUGCUUAAAGGAGUGAAAAACGGGUAAGACGAAUUUAUUUCUGAAAGAAAUAAAAAUUACCCUGAAAGCGGCACAGGCGCACAUAUACACAAUUAGGUGAAAGAGAAGGGGGAGGAAAAGAUAAAGGAAAGGAAGACUCGGAAAUAGAAGGUAGAAUUAAAUGGAUGCUAAUUUGGAACGUAAAAAUCUAAAACAACACAGCAAGAAGGGCAAGUGUUAAGCCAUAAAAAGGGAGAGGACAAGUCUUUCAUUCACUUAAUCGGUCAUCUAAACCGAGGUCCACCCGCCCCACCUGAAAAGACACUUCUAAACAACACAACUAAAAAGGUGGAGUGAAAAUCCAGAAUGUAGAUGUGAAUGUUAAGCCAGCAAUAGGUUGCGCGGGCCGCACUCCCGACUCUGCGAACGGCAGCGCUGCGCGUCCUAGCCCAGGAGCUCGUCAUCGUCGGGGUCGACGCACGCUGGGCCGCCAACCCGUGGCUUCCCAGGGAGAGGCGAUCGCCGGGUCUCCAGGGGCCAGCCAGGCCGCCAAACGCACGGCGCCGCUCCUGGGUCCCGGCGGAUGGACUUGCGGUUCUCCGAAGCCAGAGCAAAGCCGUGCAUCCGCGCCCGGCGGCCCCAAACCCGCGGAGGACGCCUGGAGUGGCCGCUCCUGAACCCCAACCUCAGCGGGCUCCCAGCCGGGUCCACCCAGCCAGUGCCCGGCCUCGUUCCCGGGACCGCCCUCGCCACCGGCGGGGCGGGCGUGGGUGGGCGGGGCCACGCGCCCCUCUAUCUGAAAUAACUGCAGCCUCCGGCGCCGCCUGGGGCUAUGCGCCACCGGGAAAGCCGCUCCACCCGGCUCCCCCGCAGACCUGAGAGCCCCUUUUCUAAUCUGCCGGGCUAAGCCGAGUGCCGGAGCCGGAGAGCUCGAGAUCCACCAGACGUUGUCGGGAGUGCUAACCUAGGUUAGCCUCCCUGAUGUGCUGAGACUAAUCAGAUCCUGCUGAUUGGGGAAUAUAAAUAAGCCCCUGCUCGGAGCUCACGCUGAGUCUGUGGCUGUAUUUUACUUAUCAGGCAUCAGUUUCUCAUGGCAUCCUUGUAAUCUCACGCUGGACUCUGGUGUGUUUUGUUGCCCCAAAAGACUAAUAGCGGGAAGACACCACUAACUUGAGCAUCCCAUCGAGAAAUCCAGAACGCCAGUGGACAGAGACAGAGCAAAGCCCCACAUCGAGUUGGCCCCUGAAGGAACUUGAGUUUGUUACCCAUAGAACAGACUAUCUCUGAAGUCUCUUAUUUGACAAGUAUAAGAUCUUCUUCCUCUUCCCUAUAUCAUCUUAUUCUUAAUUAUAAAUCAUGAGGAAUCAAGAUAAAAGAGCUGCGCACAAAGAUUCAGAACCAUCCACAGAGGUGAAUCACACAGCCUCCUCAUACCAAGGAAGACAGCAGGAAACAGGUAUGAACCUCAGAGGUAUAGAUGGAAAUGAACCAACAGAAGGAAGUAACUUACUGAAUAACAAUGAAAAAAUGCAAGGGACACCAGCUGAACCAAAUCAUUUGCAAAGACGAAGACAAACACGUGCUUGCCCUCCACGUGGUUUACUGGCUAGAGUAAUAACAAAUGUUACCAUGGUGGUUCUUCUAUGGGCUGUGGUUUGGUCAAUUACCGGCAGUGAAUGUCUUCCUGGAGGAAACUUGUUUGGAAUUAUAAUGCUAUUCUAUUGUGCCGUCAUUGGAGGUAAACUUUUCGGACUCAUUAAGUUACCUACGUUACCUCCACUGCCUCCUCUUCUGGGCAUGCUGCUUGCUGGCUUUCUCAUCAGAAAUAUCCCUGUCAUCAGUGAUAACAUACAGAUCAAGCACAAGUGGUCUUCUGCUUUGAGAAGCAUAGCCCUGUCUGUCAUACUGGUCCGCGCUGGCCUUGGACUUGAUUCAAAUGCCCUGAAGAAGUUGAAGGGUGUUUGUGUAAGGUUAUCCUUGGGUCCUUGUCUCACAGAGGCGUGUACAUCUGCUGUCCUGGCCUACUUCCUCAUGGGUUUACCAUGGCAAUGGGGAUUCAUGCUGGGUUUUGUUUUAGGUGCUGUGUCUCCAGCUGUCGUGGUGCCUUCGAUGCUCCUUUUGCAGGAAGGAGGUUAUGGUGUUGAGAAAGGCAUCCCCACCUUACUCAUGGCUGCUGGCAGCUUCGAUGACAUUCUGGCCAUCACUGGCUUCAACACCUGCCUGGGCAUGGCCUUCUCCACAGGCUCCACAGUUUUUAAUGUUCUCAAAGGCGUUUUGGAGGUGAUCAUUGGUGUGGUGACUGGGUUGGUUCUUGGAUUUUUUAUUCAGUAUUUUCCAAGCAGUGACCAGGACAAGCUUGUGUGGAAGAGAGCAUUCCUGGUCUUGGGGCUGUCUGUGCUGGCUGUGUUCAGCAGCACAUAUUUUGGUUUCCCUGGCUCAGGAGGACUGUGCACGCUGGUCACAGCUUUCCUUGCGGGCAGAGGAUGGGCCAGCACAAAGACAGAUGUUGAAAAAGUUAUAGCAGUUGCCUGGGACAUCUUUCAGCCCCUUCUCUUUGGACUGAUUGGAGCAGAGGUGUUAAUUACAGCUCUCAGACCAGAAACUAUAGGUCUUUGUGUUGCCACCCUGGGCAUUGCAGUAUUAAUACGAAUUUUGGUCACAUAUCUGAUGGUGUGUUUUGCUGGUUUUAACAUUAAGGAAAAGAUAUUUAUUUCUUUUGCAUGGCUUCCAAAGGCCACAGUCCAGGCUGCAAUAGGAUCUGUGGCUUUGGACACAGCAAGAUCACAUGGAGAGAAACAGUUAGAAGGAUAUGGAAUGGAUGUGUUGACAGUGGCAUUUUUGUCCAUCCUCAUCACAGCCCCAGUUGGAAGCCUACUUAUUGGUUUGCUCGGCCCCAGACUUCUGCAGAAAGCUGAACAAAAUAAAGAUGAAGAAGAUCAAGGAGAGACGUCUAUACAAGUUUAGAGGUGAAAAGAGAGAAUGCUGAAUACAGCCCUCAGAAGCAUGCUGUCAGUGCCUGCUUUUGUCAACUAGCAGAGACUAGUUUUAUCCGGAUGGAUAUUGACAUAUUUAGUGUUUAAGUGUAAAUUAAUAGAACCAGAGUGUGGCUUUUUUUUUUAAACAGCAUUUUUAGCUAUUACCGGGAUGGUGGUAAUGUUCUACAUCUGCAACCUGCUCCCUUCCUUAUUUUUUUUCUUCAGAUAACUAUUCAUCAUUAUCUCUUAGCUUGUAUAGGGACAUGUAUACUUUGGGCUUCCCUGGUGGCUCAGCAGUAAAGAAUCUGCCUACAAUACAGUAGAUGUAGGAAUCACAGAUUUGAUCCCUGGGUUGGGAAGAUCCCCUGGAGGAGGACAUGGCAAGCUACUCCAGUAUUCUUCCCUGGGAAAUCCCAUGGACAGAGGAGCCUGGCAAAUUACGGUCCAGGGGUUGCAUGGACCGAAGUGACUGAGCACACAUCGAUACUUUAGUGUACUACCACAAUUUAAUUUCAGUGUCCUGUUUUGCUAGCCAACAGCUUGCUCUGACUUAGUGUUACCAUCACAAUUUCAUAAUUCAUGGUCACCUAACCUCUCAUGCCUUGAAUUGUAUUGGGCCCUUUUUUCUUUUUGUUUUUAAAUACCAUAACACAAUCCUUCAUCCAUUUCUACCUUCCCUCUUAAUCUGCCUCUUUUCCAUUUCUACCUCUCUUACUUGUCUUUCUAUGAAGUAGUAUUUCUGAUUGUUCCCACCAAAAAUUUUUAAAAGUACACAAAAUAUUUUAAUUGGUUCUUUCUCUUGCACCUGUCCAUGUUCAAAGACUAAAUCCUAUCCCCCCAGUUAGCUUCACAGAGCCCCCCAUUUCAGUGGCUCAUCUGAGUUUCCUUCUACCUAAGCAGUGUCCUGACCCAGCCCUUUGUUUUUUGUGACCCACAUUUCCAGGCUCUUCCUGUUCUCUAGGUAAGAGACAGCUAAUUUUUAAAUCUAUAUCAGCCUCAUGAAUACCAUAUUAAUCAGGGUAAGAUAAGCUGCUAUAAUGACGAAAUGAAAAAUUAAAUACUUAAAUAGAAAAAUGUAUUUUCCUCUUACAAAACCAGUUGACAGGGUUACUCUGCUCAUGAGGUUUAUUCAGAGACCCAUGUCCUUCCAUCCUGAGACUCUGCUGUGCCCUAGCUUAGGACAAAAGUCCCCUUUCUAGUCUUCAGGAAGAAGGAAAAAAAAGGAAGCCCAAGACAAGCAAUUUAUUUUUAAGGAAGUGAUGUGGCAGCAGACACAUCUCUCCUCUUACAUUCUGUUGGUGAUAAUCACACCCACCCAGCUGAAAAGUAUUAUCUCUCACUAAGCAUUCACAUUCCCGGGAGAUGAAAAGACCAGAUUUGAGAGCCAGAAGUACUAUCGUGUUGGGUGUUACCGUCACCUAGUAGCAUAUUCUUGCAGGUUAACAAGGACUAUCUAAAGAUGUAACUUUAACCAAAAGAAUGACUUCCAUGGCAGGAAUUUCAGGAAUUGUGACAUGCCAGUAGAGAAGAUAAGAAAGUCUUAUCUGCAGAAGUCUCAUUUUAUCCCACUUAAUCAACUGACCAUUUCUGCUUUUUUGAAUCACUUGUUAAGUUCCUCUACUCUAGGUCAGCUCCUGUCUAGUUGUUAGAAUAAUCAUGUUUGGAUAAUGUUGUCAUUAGACUACCUAAGGUUCUGAUUUAAUAGAGACAAAUAUAUGAACAAUCUGUAAAAAGGGCUAUAAGUACUCUGACAGAAGUGAGUAUAGGGUACAUUCACCCUUCAGACUACUCUUCCAACCCUUCCUGUCAUGACUUUCAAGCUGUUCGAAACCAGCUUAAUUUUUAUUAAUCUAACAUAAUAGGAAGCCAGAGAGUUUUCAUUUUUACAUCAGCCUGACUCUGAUUCCUCUAUGGGACUGUAUUCCCUUAGUGUUUAUGUUCUCAACAUGGACCAGACUAGUUUAUACCAAAGUUCAGAGAGGUGAACUUCCUUGGCCAGAUGCGCCUUGGUUGUAGCACCAUAAACUUAAUGCUCAUCUGGUCCUCUACUUUCACAGGCUCUGAAACUAGAGUCACCCAACAAAUAUUUACUAAAGCCUUUGGUGGCCCAGGCACAUUAUAAAGACUAAUGUUGUUACCAUCUUUAAGGAUCUGAUAGUCUGAUUGAGGAUAGCAACCAUUAAACAAGAAGUUGCAAAACAGUGUGAUAAGUGCCAUGAUGCAAAGAGUACAGGGGUGCCAGGGAGCUCAUAGCAGGAGUAACCCAUAAAUCAGGGGGAGGUGCACUUUAGGCACCCACUCCAGUAUUCUUGCCUGGAGAAUCCCAGGAACAGAGGAGCCUGUUGGGCUGCCAUCUCUGGGGUCGCACAGAGUCGGACACGACUGACGCAACUUAGCAGCAGCAGCAGCAGCAGCACUUGAGGCACAGCCUCCAGAGAAAGUAGGACCUCGGCUAGGAUGUGGGGAUAACUAGGACUUAGCAAAAGGCACGGGAGACCCAAGGGUGCUGCAGUUAGUGCAGGUUCCCAUGUUCACCAGUAACUCUUCUCCAUGUAACAUAACAGGCUUUCAAUACUUACUAAUACAAAAUACAGUUAGUAUAAGCAAAUAAGAAUGUUGUUGUAAAUAUUCAAGACCCCAAGAAAGAAUUAGAAAUGGAAAUUCAGAGUGUAGAAAUAGUUGAAAAUCCCCAAAAGUGACUGCCCAUAGCCUAUGCCAUUUUCAGAGCAUGUGGUGACUUUUUGCCUACCCCUCCUUGGUGAGCGCCACCAACCAAGUCUUUGUGGCUGUCUGUCUAGUGGGCUUCCCUGGCAGCUCAGUGAAGAAUCUGCCUGCAAUGCAGGAGACCCAGGUUCCAUCCCUGGGUCAGGAAGAUUCCCUGGAAUAGGAAAUGGCCCACUCCAGUAUUCUUGCCUGGAGAAUCCCCAUGGAUAGAGGGGCCUGGCAGGCUACAGUCCAUGUAGUCACAAAGAAUUGGACAGGACUGAAUGACUAACACUUUCACUUUCUCUGUGUUGGUCUCUGCAGGACUCACUGUGAAGUCUCAGGUUUGUUUUGUCACCACAAAGUAAACCACAGCUCUUUUCUUGGUUGGUAAACUCAGAGUUAACUUGAUACAGAAUGCUGACUCAAGCCAAUCAAACUUACCCCUCCCCACCACAGAUAGAAACCAAUGCUUUAACCCCUGGGUGACUGAAAGAAAGGUGUAUCAUAUACAUACUUCUAUCAGAGUACUUGUAGUCCUUUUUUCAGUUUGUUUCUGGGUUUGUUGCCUAUUAAAUUAACCCUUGAGGGGUGGGAGCCUUACUUGGUCAUCUUUGAAACCUCAGCAAUUUUUACAGGAUAUGGAGCAGGGUAGGCAUUUAGUAAAUUGUUAUGAACUGAAUCAGUGAGGAGAUUCUCUUUCAGUAUCAGAAACCUACCUGCCACAUAACAGUUUAGAUUUUAGUCCACUUAGUGCAUCUAAGCUGCUCGGGCUACUACAACAAAAUACCAUAGACUGAGUGACUUAAACAACCAACAUUUAUCUUCUCACAGUUCUGAGGCUGGAAGUCAAAUGUGAGAGUUGCCAGCAAUGAUCAGGCUCUGAUGAGAGCUCUCUUCCUGGCAUGCUAAUAGCCUCCUUCUCAUUGGGUUCUCACGGGGUGGUGGGAGGAGGGAGGUUGUGAGGGGAUGGGAAUGGAGGAGAAUAUGCAAGCUCUCUGUUGUCUCCUCUAAUAAAGUCACUAAUCCCACCAUGAAGGCUCUAGCCUCAUGACUUAAUCUAAUAUAAUUACCUCUCAAAUUCUCCCUGUCCAAACACCAUCACGUUGAGGGGUUAUGGCUUCAGCUUAUGAAUUUAGUUGGGGGACAGAGUUCAGUACACAUCAAGGGCUUCAUACUUCCAAGGACAGCACCAAGCAAACACUGUAAACUUGCUCUCUUCAACACCCUUUUUUUCCUAAGGUGGGUGCUGUCAACCUCUCCUCUGAGAAGUGUUUGUUUCUCUUUAGGCAGACUGAUUAGGUUUCUGCUUUUUAAGUUAUUUUCGCCUUCCCGUGUUUUCCUUUCUGGUAUUAACUCCAUAUAACAUGGACUGGACUUGAGUGUUCUCAAAAUGUCCUCAGUCAUGUGUUUGCAAAUGAUCUCACCCAUUACCUUCUUUAAAAAUAGUAAUGAUUAUUUUGUCUGAUUACAAAAUAAUACAUUUCCAUUGCAGAAAAUCUAGAAUGCAGAAAAGCACAAGAAAGAAAAAUGAAACUACUGUUAAUGCAAACACCCAUUUUAUUUUGAUUCUUUUAAAUUUUACUUUUGCGGUCUGGGGGAUGUCUUAUUUUCAGAAUGAUACCUCAUCCACUGAAUUCGUUGGGUGAAAGGCAAUAUAAAUAUAUUUGACUUCUGUGAAGAUAUAUAGAUUGAAGAUUUUUUGUUAUAUAUAAUGAAUGCUAAGCCUUCCAAAAAUUACUUAUUCACCCUGUAAUAUUCAAAUACUAAUUUUGCAAUGAAUAAAACAGACAAAUCCCUGCCUUUA